CUCUCCGCUAUUCUCACUCGCGGUAAUUUUACUACCUGCCGGCUACUGGGGGGCGUCAUGAUUGGCUGCGGGCCGACAGCUUCAGCGCGGAUUGGCUGCUCGGGCCAGGAGGCCGGACCCGAGUCCGCCCCCCGAACUUUCAAAGGGGAGGGACCCCGGGAGGUGCCGGCAGACGCGAAGUCUGUGUUCAGGCCAGUGGAGCAAGCUGAGAGGUCAGUGAGCCGGCAGCGCGGGCGCAAGGGCACCAGAAUCCACGCAGGGCGCCGAUCUGCUCGGCGAAGGCACCGCCGCGCCCCCCGCGGAGGUCCCGGGGCCAUCGGGCGCCCGCGUCUCACCUCCAGCCAUGGGGUCUGCGGCGCUGGAGAUCCUCGGCCUGGUGCUGUGCCUGAUGGGCUGGGUGGGCCUGAUCCUGGCGUGCGGGCUGCCCAUGUGGCAGGUGACCGCUUUCCUGGACCACAACAUCGUGACGGCGCAGACCACCUGGAAGGGGCUCUGGAUGUCGUGCGUGGUGCAGAGCACGGGGCACAUGCAGUGCAAGAUGUAUGACUCGGUGCUGGCGCUGAGCGCCGAGGUGCAGGCGGCGCGGGCGCUCACCGUGGGCGCCGCACUGCUGGCGCUCCUCGCGCUCUGCCUGACCCUGGCGGGCGCGCAGUGCACCACCUGCGUGGCCCCGGGUCCCAACAAGGCGCGCGUGGCUCUCACGGGCGGCGCGCUCUACGCAUUCUGCGGGCUGCUGGCGCUCGUGCCGCUCUGCUGGUUCGCCAACAUCGUGGUCCGCGAAUUCUACGACCCGAAUGUAUCCGUGUCAAACAAGUACGAACUGGGAGCAGCGUUGUACAUCGGCUGGGCCGCCUCGGCGCUGCUCAUGUGCGGCGGGGGCCUCGUGUGCUGCGGCGCCUGGGUCUGCGCGGGCCGCCGGGACCUCAGCUUCCCCGUCAAGUAUUCGGCGCCGCGACGGCCCGCGGCCAGCGGCGACUACGACAAGAAAAACUACGUCUGAGGGCGCCAGGCACGGUGGGGCCCCUCGUGUCAGCGACGCUCACAAGCCGGAGUACUGGCCAUGGAGCUCCGCAGCCCGUCCACUCCGACCGUUACUCGCUGGGUCCUGGGCGGUGCCCUGCCCUGAACAGGCGACACGCAGUUGGGAGGACUUGCUCGGUUUCUUUUUCUGGGGGUAUUGUUGGCUCCGACGUGGGUGGGGCUCAGAUUCCUUGGUUGUGUGGGCGCUGGACCAAAGAUGCCACUUCUCUCCCCGUCCCCACCAGCGGUUUCUGCUGAUUCCAGAGGGUCAGGCUGAGGGCCCGGGGCCCCCAGCCUGGGUUGCAUGAAGGAUGUGUACAGCUGGCCUUUACCGCCAUCAGCAGGCCCUGAGCCUAGGGGGCCCAAGAGACUUGGUCUGGACCUCCCUCCUCCCCUCCCUCAACCCAACAGCUCCCCAGGCCAAGAUCCUGAGUGUGGGGCUGGGGUGCUGUCCUCCUUCGCCGUUUGGGGGAGGGUAAGAAUUUGUUUAGUAAAUGGUUUGAAAACCCUC